AUGACGGACUCGGCGACAGCCAACGGGGACGACAGGGACCCCGAGAUCGAGCUCUUUGUGAAGGCCGGGAUCGAUGGGGAAAGCAUCGGCAACUGUCCCUUCUCUCAGCGCCUCUUUAUGAUCCUCUGGCUGAAAGGAGUCGUGUUCAAUGUCACCACGGUGGACCUGAAAAGAAAGCCAGCCGACCUGCACAACCUCGCGCCUGGCACCCAUCCGCCCUUCCUGACCUUCAACGGGGAUGUGAAGACGGACGUCAAUAAGAUCGAGGAGUUCCUGGAGGAGACUCUGACCCCUGAAAAGUACCCCAGACUGGCUGCGAAGCACCGGGAAUCCAACACAGCAGGCAUCGACAUCUUCUCCAAGUUCUCUGCCUACAUCAAAAACACCAAGCAGCAGAACAAUGCUGCCCUUGAGAGAGGCCUGAAUAAGGCACUGAAGAAACUGGAUGACUACCUGAGCACUCCUCUGCCAGAGGAGAUCGACGCCAACACUUGUGGGGAUGAUGACAGGGGGUCCCGGCGCAAGUUCCUGGAUGGGGAUGAGCUGACCCUGGCCGACUGCAAUCUGUUGCCCAAACUCCACGUGGUCAAGGGCCAUGGAGUGGAGGAGGGCACGAGCAGAAAAAAUGAGAAGAAGCUAGAGAAAGAAGAAGAAAAAAAAGAAAUUCCUUCUACUGA